UUUAAGGUAGUUUGGGUUUGCCCACUCUCUGACAAAAAGUUCCGCGAGCCAAUCUUCGUGCGCAAGCAUAUUCUGAACAAACACGCAGAGAAAAUUGAGACAUCACGAAAGGAUAAUUCAAUUUUCUUCAAUGCCUAUUUGAAAGAUGCUCGUCGACCGUGCCUACCCGAAGCACCGCAACCUGGGGCAAGUUUUUUCCCUAGUGGUAGUGGUAGUGCUGGGUCUCUCCCGAACAGACUUGGUAUUCCUUCUGGUUCUGGUGGUGGUGGAGGCUCUGGAGGUGGGCAGCGAGGGUACUCCACAUCGGGUGGAGUUAGUGGUCGUGCUGGCGCCGGUGGUACUUCGAGCUCCAUGGGUGGAUCCGGUGGAGGUUAUCGAACCGGCGGAGGCGGGCUAGUUUCCGGGUCAGGCUACCGUGCGGGUGGAGCUGGAGCCUCUUCCUUGCUUGCUAACCCAUAUCAAGGAGCUAGAGGCGUCGGAGGCUUCCAGUUUUGA